GUGAGCUUGUAGCAGGCACCUCGACUAUCCUUAACCAGGCAGCUCGACUAUUCGUCACCAGGCAGCUUGACAAGCCCUCUGAAGCCAUGAAGAGUUUUUCGCUGUUGUUGGUGUUGGUGGUGGCCUUGGCUGCCCUGAUGGGGUCAGCCCUUGCUAUGCCUGACCCCUACGCCCUGGCUGACCCUGACCCCAAUGCUGUAGCAGAUCCUGGUCCCCAACCCCUUGCUGACCCCGUGGCCGAUCCAGAUGCCAAUCCAGAUGCCGACCCCGAAGCUGAUCCUUGGUUCAGACGCCACCGUGGAUAUGGUUAUGGUCGUGGCUUCGGUGGAUUCGGUGGAUACGGAGGAUUCGGAGGAUACGGUGGAUAUGGUGGAUACAGACGAUUCGGUGGAUUCGGUGGAUUCGGUCGCCGUCGGUUUGGUUUCUAUGGCUAAGCCGUGAGCUGAGAUGGCGAUGAUCUAUAUAUUAGUUUCACUAAAAUAUAACCCGGAAAUCUCUGUUUACAACCAUGAGACCACAACCUCCAGGAUGUGUUGGUUGGAGCAACUACCCACUCCUCUAACCACAAGCUACCACAACUACCAGCACCUCCAACCACAAGCUCUUCCAAGAACCGCAUCCUACGCUUCUCAUCUACUCUUAAGUGUCAUUAACGGUUGUUAGGUAGUUGCACUGUUGAUACUUAUGCAUUGAUUAUUAGUGUGGGGAAAAUAAAGCGUAAAACUGUGAA